AUGCGUUGGAAACGACAGUUGAUUUUAGUAAAGAAACCGUUAAUACAGCAGAAGCUCCCCUCUGCACAACGCGAGACUUGGAAGAAGUUCAGAUUCACCAAAGCAUUUCAAUSAAAGGUUUUGUACUUUCGACAACCAGAGAAAAUUCCAACUAAGAAAGAYCUAACAAAAAGAGAAGGUUGCCUAGUAGAUGAGACGGGAUCUGUACUUAUUACGCUCUGGAAUGAACAGAUCGAAYUUAUCGCAGAAGGAUUUUACGAAGUCCAAAACAUUCGUCUCCGUCAGUACUUUGGAGAGAAAUAUCUUUCAGCAUCCACUGAUACCAUCUUCAAGAAAAUUGACGAUGGUGCACCCAAGACCAUCCCUCAGSAGCACAUUCGACAGGCCCUGGACAAGCUGAGACUAGACGAAAUAUCAUGCCUGAACAUCAAUUCUGCUGACAUACAGAUCUUCUAUAGCUGCGUCAACUGUGCUAAAAAAGUCCUAUUUCAUCAGGAGUCUAUGCUAAGAUGUGGCCACUGCCAGUCUCGAUUCCUGAUAUCGAAGAGCAAAAAGACCACAGACGUGAGAAUGAGUCUCAAAGAUCACGAAGAUGGCUUAACGUGGUAUACAUUGUUCACACCAAUGCUAGAAGAUUUCAUUCAUCACUAUAAUAAAAAGCAUGAAAAACAAGAAGUACUUGUUCAAAUUGACGACGACAAGCUCUGCAAUAUUGUUUUAGAACUUCAAGGUUUAAAGCUUAAACUCAAUAGUAGCAGAAACGUAAUUGGUGUUGAUUUUGUCAUAAAAGUAAGCUUUUCAUUUUGUACCAUUUCUGAGGUCUUGUAA